AUCUCAUGCUGUUUCAUUGAAUGCCAGAGACGUACCUAUGCUAGACAGCAGACUAGCGCCGAAUUAUGAAAAAAUGGAGGUUAGUAACAAUUUAAACAUUGUAGCGUGUGACCUCUAAAAUUGUAUUACAUUGAAAUGAAAUGAAUUGGAACACGUCAUAGUAAUAUUGAGAUAAUCGUUCUUUAAAAUGUCUUAAAGAGUUAGUGGUAAGUCGAAUCAUUUAUCUCAGAACUAUCUGAGGUAUUAACUGUUGCAUAGAAUCAGUGUGAACAUGGGUAGUCAAGCGUACUUUGGCAGCGGAACCAAGCUUACUGUCUUAGAUAGCACUGUUAAAGUCACAAGUCCAAAAGUAACAAUUCUAAACGAGACGAGCUGUAAGGAGAAGGCCACUCUCGUGUGUUUGGUUAAAGACUUCUACCCAGACCACGUGAGCAUAAAAUGGACACACGGAGGCGAAGAAAUAUUAACGGAUGUAGCGACAGACCCUUAUGCCAUUCAAAAUGAUACAACGAAACUGUACAGCAUGUCCAGCAGACUUAAGGUCUAUAAAAAAGAAUUCACACCGAAAAACACAUAUAAAUGUGAAGUGACCUUCUACAAGGAAGAAAGUAAGCAUGUGGACAUACAAGCUGAAAUCACUGGAACUAGAGUUGCAGGAGGUGAAUUUGAACCAGAUAAAUUUUUAAAGUCAUCAAAGAGGCUAUCGCUGGCAUAUGGUGUGUUCAUUGCUAAGAGUGCACUGUAUGGGCUUGUUAUCUUAGUGUUCGUGUUGAGAAAGGGUUCAUCUGGAAAGUGAAUGAUCAAAAUAUAUCUGGAUUGCUGGAGUUACUAAGAAAACCAGAUUUACUCCAACCAAAAAAGAAGCUGUUUAUAUAACUGAAGAGCCUAUUACUUUCUUUUCUUUUCUUUCUUUUCUUUCUUUUCUUUUCUUUUCUUUUCUUUUCUUUUCUUUUCUUUUCUUUUCUUUUCUUAGUGUUUAUGCCAGUGAAAGCCUGCAAAUACUUAAGACAAGAUUAAUCAUAAAACAUACGUAUUCAUAUGUAAUCAUAAAA